AUGCAAUCCAAAGAACUUGAAGAACAAGCUUGGAAAUUGAUUGAGACCCGUCAUGCACAAUACAAUGGAGAUGUCGAGUUGGUUGAGAUCCGCGAAGAAGGUGAAGAGAUUAAAGAAUAUUUGGAUUCAUUAAGUGAGGAGCAAAGAAAAGAAUUAUAUCCAACAGUAGAUGAAUUCUUGAAUCGAUUGGAAAAUCAAGAUGAUGAUAAUAACAUUAACAAUAAUAAUAGCAAUAACAAUUUAUCGAUAGAGAAGAAUAAAAGGAAAAGAAACCAAAUCAAAAUAAACACUUUUAAUAAUAAUAAUAAUAAUAACAACAAUAACAACAAUCCAAAAUUACCAAAAUUACCAAAAUCUGGAUUUGUUUCAACUCGUGAUAGUGAUGAUAAUUAUGGUAAGAGGGAAAUUAAUGAAUAUUUUACAAAAACAUUUGGGAGAAAAGCAGAAAAAAGAAACCAUCAAAUACAUUACCGAACGAACAAAGACAUAAAAAAUUUUCUGCUAAAUGGAUUUAAACCUACACCAUUAAUGAUUAAUGACGAAGACGACGAUAAUGAAGAUGAAUAUUAA